AUGACAACCAUCAUUGAAGACAACAAAAUGUCAGCCGAGAGUUUUGUAGAUCCCAGCUUUGAACAGCAAUCAUCACACAAGAUAUUCGAAUCUACUCGAGAUGAAAGAGCAGAAACCAGAUUCAAUUUCUGGUCCAACUCACCCAAUUCAGUGUUUUUGGUUGUGUUAUCGAUAUUCGAAGCGAUUGUAGUCAUUGCGUUAGAGGCAGUCAUCUUUGCAAAGUUUUAUCAUACAGAGUUUUCAGCGAAUAACCUUGGGUUGGGCAUUCCUGUCUAUUUGAUGAUUUUCAUCUUUUCGCAGAUAUUUCAAGUAUUGAUUGCCUGGGAUGCUGUCCGUGCUCAAAACACCAUCCAAGUGAUUGCGUUUCUAUUGUUCAACAUUUGCUGCUUUGUAUACGCAGUAUUUCAAUUCAAACAAAUUGCAGAUGCAUUAGACUCUCAAGAUUCUGAUUUGGAGCAGUUAGCGACAUCGUUGACCUUUUUAAUCAACAGGCUCUUGAUUGUCAUUGCUGUUAUCACCGGUGUCUGCCAGUUGAUUUACUUUUACAUUGGCGCAAGAUUGUAUCAGGAAUUUGGUUGGAAGAUCUACAAAAAAAUUGGUGCUGAUCCAGAGAUUAGAAACAUGUAUCGAUGGUAUCAGAUCAUUUUGACUAUACUCAAAAUUGAUUUCUUCUUCUUUUUGGGCUAUUCAAUUCAAUACCUUGUGUUGGUGCUGAGAUCCGGAGACUAUGAGUUUGCCCUGACCAUCGUCGCUAUACCCUUGACAUGUCUAUUUCUAAUAUUGGCUGUCUAUUCAAUUCAACAUGAAUCCAGGUGGUUGAUGGGAUUGUUCUUUAUUGGCAUGUUUGCUGGCGUAGCCUAUUUUAUAUUCAAGAUUUAUCGUAUCUACGAUCCAUCACAAAGUGAAAAAUAUCGAUUUGUCAAGGAGUUUUUGACUUUUUUUGCAAGCGUUUCUCUAGCGUUGGUCAUUUUAACGAUUAUCAAUGCGUUCAUCUGUUGUUCAAAUUUUGGCAAAGGUCUUAAACCACAUUUGCGUUCCAAUCACCGAAGAUCUUCAAUGCCUCGGCAUUUGGCUGAAAGAACCCUCUCUUUGGAUUAA